AUGGAAAAAUACAGGACACAAGGUGAGAACACAGCAGAGCACUUCACCCAGUAUGGUGUUGGGAGCCGAGUGGAGGUGGAGGUGGAGGUGGGGGAUGACAGGAAAGUCUGCCUGGAAAAGAUUCCACCAAAGAUCUCCAACAUUUCCUCGGAUGUCACUGUGAAUGAGGGCAGCAAUGUGACUCUGGUCUGCAUGGCCAAUGGCCGUCCUGAACCUGUUAUUACCUGGAGACACCUUACACCAACUGGAAGAGAAUUUGAAGGAGAAGAAGAAUAUCUGGAGAUCCUCGGCAUCACCAGGGAGCAGUCAGGCAAAUACGAGUGCAAAGCUGCCAAUGAGGUCUCCUCAGCGGAUGUCAAACAAGUCAAGGUCACUGUGAACUAUCCUCCCACUAUCACAGAAUCCAAGAGCAACGAAGCCACCACAGGGCGACAAGCUUCACUCAAAUGUGAGGCCUCAGCAGUGCCUGCACCUGACUUUGAGUGGUACCGGGAUGACACCAGGAUCAACAGUGCCAAUGGCCUUGAGAUCAAGAGCACGGAGGGCCAGUCCUCUCUGACAGUGACCAACGUCACUGAGGAGCACUACGGCAAUUACACCUGCGUGGCUGCCAACAAGCUGGGAGUCACCAAUGCCAGCCUAGUCCUUUUCAAGCGUGUUUUACCCACAAUCCCCCACCCUAUUCAAGAAAUUGGCACCACCGUGCACUUCAAGCAAAAAGGACCUGGGUCGGUGAGAGGAAUAAAUGGAUCCAUCAGUCUGGCCGUACCACUGUGGCUGCUGGCAGCAUCUCUGCUCUGCCUUCUCAGCAAAUGUUAAUAGAAUGAAAAUUUAAAAAUAAUUUAAAAACACACAAAAAUGCAUUACACAGAAUACAGAGAGAAAGAGAGUGAGAUGGGGGGAGAACGUUCAUUUCACAACUUUGUGUGUUUAUAAAUGAAGGGAGAAAUAAGAAAAUGGAGAAGAAAAUACAUUUAAAACAAUUUUAAAGUUCAUCAAUAAAAAUUUGAGCAUAAUUCAGGGUGGAAAAAAGUUCUGCCAGGAUAUGUGUACAUCUACUAAGCAAAUGUGUGCUGUAUAAAGACUACAUCAUGCUAAGGACAUCCGGAUGCUGUAAAAAUAAGACAAGAAAUACCAGAUGGAUAUUAACCCCCCCACACACACA